AAAACAGCUGAGUGAGAACAGGCAAAGAGUCUGCAAAUUAAAGUCAAGACGUACGUUUGUGUAAGAAGACUUGUAAUGGGAUUUUAACGUAGGAUCUUUUGUUAAAGUAAACUAAUAAUGUGGAUUAAUUCUCACGUCCUGCUGCUUUUGGUGCUUCUGCUUCUGUCUGUUGGUUCAGAAAAAAGUAGCUACUUCAACCAUUCAGAAACACUGAAUGAUGAAGCUCCUGUCAAACCUUCCAAAUCUACUGUUGGGACCAAAGGCUGGGACACAUGCUCCAUUCCAUGUGACAUCACUGUUAAACUAUUACGAGAUGAAAAACACUCAAUAUGUGGGCAGCUGCAACAGUCACUUCUGUCUUUUGGACGAAGCACAAGGAAACUAAUGAGAGAUGUGAUGGAGGAGCAGCAGCGAGCUCUGGACAUCCUCAGCACUCAGGUGACAGAGCUCAUGAUCAAAGUGCAGAUGCUUAGCUUGGAGGUACAGAGGAGCAACACAGAGAUGUAUGCCAUCAAACCAGUGCAGUCACACGGGCGUGACUGUAGCGACAUAAAGGAUAACCUAAUGACAGUGGUCCCAAAAAUCCCAAGUGGAAUUUACAUUAUCAGUCCAGAAAACACUGAGUCCUCCUUUGAGGUUUUCUGUGAGAUGGAUUACAUGGGUGGUGGUUGGACAGUGAUGCAGAGACGAACAGAUGGACUAACUGAUUUUAAGCGAUCAUGGGCAGAUUACACUGAUGGUUUUGGAAACCUUGCAGGAGAGCAUUGGUUGGGUCUAAAGAAAGUGUUUCAUAUUGUGAGCCAAAAGGACACUCGUUUCCAGCUCCAUGUCGCUCUCGUCUCUAAAGAUGAUGUCACAUCAUACGCCUCAUACGAUGACUUUCAUUUAGACAAUGAAACGCUGUUCUAUGGGAUACAUCUGGGACGCUAUGCAGGCAGUGCAGGAGAUGCAUUUCGUGGCUAUGAUCAAGACCAGAAUCAGGACACAGCCCCCUUCAGUGCCUCAGAUGUAGACAAUGAUGGCUGUAACCCAUCCUGUUCCCUCAAUAACCGCACAGUGGAGAGCUGCAGUGUACUGCACAACCAGACAGGAUGGUGGUUUAACCAGUGCGGCCUUGCCAAUCUGAACGGCUCCCCAGAGGAAACAGAGUCCAGUCAGAGGACCAGCAUCCUGUGGGACACAUGGAGACAAAACGGGGUCCCUUAUCACAUUAAAGCAGUCACUAUGAAGAUUCGGAGGAUCCCAACCAAUAAUUGACCCAGUGUCAUACAGGGUCACAUUCUGUAUA